AUGGGCAACAGUACUUCCCUCCAUGUCGCGCUGUUUGGCGGCGUACCAGACCGCAAAAAACAAGCAUGGGUAAGACCCAAGGCUCCACGAUCGGAGAAUAACGGACAGGCGGGCCCUUCAACAAGCAACUAUCCGGGCCCUCCAGGGAAAAUGCAGGAAUACGACGAUGAAGCAGGACUAUAUGACUCUUCACACCCACCCCCUGACAGCAAAGGACCGCCAAGACCCCACACAGCUCAACCGCAUACCCCUGGGCCCGAAGCUGGACACUCUUCUCCAACAGGCGGACCAAAACCUCAACAUCCGUCGCGCAUGCCAACCUACCAUGUUGAAGACGAGGAGUUCCCAAACCACACACCCGGACCUGGUCCAAGACUCACGGGGAGUUCUCAAGUAGGUCCCCCCAUCCCACAAGCUCAACCCCCCAAACGUCAAAAGCAGCCACCGCACUCCCGACGCCCCUCUCUGACAAAGCCCCGCUCCAGCAGUCCUCAUUCCCGUCCCCCUGGCGAUCGAUCUCGCCAGCACCCUCCUCCUCCGCCUCGUCAUUCACACUCAGCAGCUCCUCAUCCUCACUCUCACACUCCACACUCAGCAGCUCCCAAUCCUCAUCCUCAUCCUCGCUCUCGCACUCCACCCUCAGCACCACCGCAUCCACACGGACGUCACGCAGAAGGCGGUGGCGGAGAGCGAGGCGGUAUGCGCCAUCCGAGAGAUUCGGGCGAUGCGGUGCGGGAUCCGCGUCGGAUUACGGGGCGUAGCCGGAGGGGGGAAGAGGGGGUGUAG